AUGUCUCUUGAUUCUCAAAUUCAUCAAGCAAUAGAGUCUCAUAUAAAGGUUCUCCCAAAUCUAGCUACCAGAGCAAUCCAGACAGUAAAUAAUUCAAAUUUUUAUGAACAGCGCCGCAACUCGCAAAAUGAAAUAUCUCAAGAAUUCAAAAAAACAGCUGGAAAAACUUUUAUUCUUACUCCCCUCUGUGAGUGAACAAAAAAAUUGUUCACUCACGGAGGGGGGUUAACUUUUUCUUUUUUUAAAAAAUUUAUAUAUAAAUUUUAUAUAAAAUAUUUUUUUUUUUUAAUUUUAAAAAAAUCCUAAUUCGCAAAAAUUGGAAAGCAAAUAUUAAUUUAAUUUAUAAAAUUUAUGUUUUAAAAAGUAAUUCGUUUAAAAUUAAACAGAAUUGGCUCUAGAUUUCAUUAUAAUAUUUAUCAUUAAUAUAUCAAAAUUUUUUUACAUAAAAAAUUUUUGUAUUAAAAAAAUUUUUUGUUCACUCACGGAGGGUGGGUUUUUGGGCAAAAAAUAGGGAUUUUUCUAAUGGUUUUGUUCACUCACGGAGGGGGGAGGAGUUAGAGAAAUAAGUCCAAUUAAAAUUCCUGCUGAACGUAAUGGAAAAAGAUGCCAAAAAAUAGGCACUGACAGAUCAUAUAUUUAUGAAAAUACCUUAUCUACCACAUUACCAUCAAUUGAUAUUAGCACUGAGACAUCUUCUCCUACUAAGCAUCGCCUCAGAGGUAUAAAGCGAUACCCAGACGAAAUUAAGAAAAUUUCAGUAUUUCCUAAUUAGUUAUUAGAACAAACCAAUCAAAGUCUUAGAGAUGAGCUUGAUUAUAUGAAAAAUUAUUUGGAAAACAAGCUGUAAAUUUUUACAUAGAAACGUUUUGAAUAUACGCCCAAAAGGUGAGUUAAAAAGGCUUAUGAGGCUUCAAUUGAAUCCAAGCAAUGAAGCUGAUGAAAGACCGAUGACAAAGACUGCUAUUUCAAGGCCAAAAACUCUUUCCCCGCUAAAUUUGGAUGUCAGAUUUAUUGAUCAUAAUAAAGAGACCUUAUACAAUAUCAAGUCAGCAAAUAAUAGGCCAAUUACAGACGGAAAUUGGGUAAAAGCAAUGCAAAUGUCUCCGAGGAACCAAAUUAAUAGACAAGAUGAGCGAAGCCAGCCAACAGCAGAAAAUUCGUGGAGACAUGAGCCAGAUCCCAAUAUGAGCUUGUCGAAAAUUGAUUUUGGCAGUAUAAAAGGUGACGUACUUGUGAAGCCUACUUAUACUUAUUGCAAAGUAUGCUACGAUUCGUCUGAUUUUAUUAAGCUUCAACAAUAUAGCCCUAGGUCUGUGAGUGUUCCAAAAAAAUUAAUUAAGGCUCAAUAA